AUGAAACACCAUGAUGUCCCUCCAUUCACCAAUCAUAAAGACCUCCACAAUGUCAUAGAUGCAACACAGCUUGGUGAUGUCCCUUGGCAAUCUUUCUCAGUUCAAUACACAGGAGAAUGCCCUGAGGUUGUCCCACCAUGGAUGGAUGAUGAAUUUGAGGUGUGGUAUAGGGACCCCUGCACGAUGGCACACAACAUAUUAGCCAACCCUACCUUCAAAGACGAAAUCAACUAUAUGCCAUUUCGUGAAUACGAUGCAGUGGAUGACACAUGUCAUUGGAAAGACUUCAUGUCCAGGGACUUGGCAUGGCAACAAGCAGACACCAUAUCAAAAGAUCCAGAGGCACAUGGAUCUGUGUUAGUCCCAAUCAUUCUCAGUAGUGAUAAAACUACCAUUUCUGUGGGCACCGGUAACAAUGAGUACUAUCACCUUUAUGCCUUGAUCAGCAAUGUAUGCAACAACGUACAGUGUGCUCACCAUGAUGCUCUUGUCAUAAUCGGUUUCCUCAUCAUACCCAAAACUGACAGGAAGCAUUCAAAAGAUGACAUGUUUCGGAUAUUUCAUUGCCAGCUAUUCCACAGCUUGCUAUCUGCUAUUCUCUCCAGCUUGAAAUCCGCAAUGACCAAAUAUGAAGUUGUGUGCUGUGGAGAUGGUCAUUUUUGGCGCAUUAUCUACAUAGCAGAUUACAAGGAACAAUUAGUGCUAUCUUGUAUCAUUAAGCAUUGGUGCCCAAAAUGUAUUGCAGUUCAAACAAACCUUGAUGGUGGUGGUGUGUAUCACUGUCAUGGGCAUACUGAUUUCCUAAUCGAUGAGCUAUGCAGGGAUGUAUUAUGGGAUGAAUUCGGUAUCAUUGGCGAUCUCGUUUUACUGUCAUUUGACCUCCUCCAUCAGCUCAUUAAAGGUGCAUUCACAGACCAUCUCGUCAACUGGGUAGUGAAGUACCUCAAGGCUGCACAUGGGACCAGGCAGGUGGAGGAGAUUAUGAGUGACAUAGAUUGCAGAGUCACUGCUGUACCAUCAUUUGCUGGCCACGACUUCAAACAGUGGACAGGUGAUGAUUCGAAAGUGCUCAUGAAGGUCUUUCUUCCAGCUAUUGAAGGCCACGUACCUGGAGAUAUGGUUCGUGCAUUUCGUGCAUUGUUAGAAUUUUGUUAUCUUGUGCAGUGUGAUGUUGUCACCGAAGAUACCUUAAAUCAGAUUCAAGAUGCACUUCACCAUUUCCAUCACUAUUGCAAGAUAUUUGAUCUUGUCGUUCCUACCUUCUCACUCCCUCGCCAGCGCUCAAUGAUUCAUUAUGCAGACAUGAUUCGACUCUUUGGUGCCCUGAACGGACUAUGCUCCUCAAUUACAGAAUCAAAACACAUCAAGGCUGUAAAGGAGCCCUGGCAUUGGUCAAGCAAGCACAAUGCCCUUGGUCAGAUGCUUGUAACCAAUCAAUGCCUUGACAAGCUUGCAGCAUCCCAUGUAGACUUUGAUGUACAAGGGAUGCUCACUGGCACUAUUUUGUUAAGUGCUUUAGCCGCUCUCGUAGUGGCAUUAGCAUAUGAUCCCCGCAAUCCUGCAGAUGUCCCAACUGGUAGCUUGCCUCGGCACAAAGGCAAGCUCCAGGUCUUCAAUUCUGCUGCCACAACUUUCUUUGCUCCCAGCGAUCUGAGUGGUACUGGUGGCAUGCGAUGGGAACAUAUCCAUGCAUGUCCACUCUGGAGAAAUGAGUACCUGCGCAACGACUAUGCUCAAGGCAUGCGAGGACUCGAAGUUGCGAGAAUCAUAUGCUUCUUUUCUUUCAAUCACAACUGGGAAGUAUAUCCAUGUGCUCUCAUUCAAUGGUUUGAGAAGAUUAAUGAUUGUGCUGAUGAAGACACUGGCAUGUGGAUGGUCCUUCCCAGUUUCCAUGAGGAUGGUUCUCAGCACCUUGCUGUGAUUCAUAUCAAGAUGGUGUUCUGUGCAGCACACCUGCUACCUAUAUACGGUUCCAACUACAUCCCUCAUGGCCUCAUGUUUUACCAUUCUAUUGAUUCUUUCUGCUCAUUUUAUGUCAACAAGUUCACUGAUCACCAUGCCUUUGAAAUAACCUCCUGA